AAUCUUUUUUGACCCUGCCAAAGGGUCUCUCCUCUCUUCUCUCUCUCUCUCCUUGAAACUGAACCCUUGCUCCUAGUCUGCACGUACGCUUUCACUCAAAAAAACUGCUCGAAAGUGGGGAUGUUCUGAUUCAAUUAGUAGUCUCAAUGUGGGCGGCUCUAAGAUCGCGAGCUCUUUCUCUCUCAUCACCAUCUUCUUCCCCUGCUACUGUUCCACGAUGGAAAUUAGGGUUUUUAGAGGUCAAUCGCACACUGUGUUCGUCCCUGUUCGAGAACAAUACCGACAACAACAACAUCAAUAACAACAACAGCAAUGGAUUACUGAACUUGGAAGAGGUCGAGAAGAUUCUCAGCGACGUCAAAGCAGACAACGUCAAAGUCAUUCCCGUUCUGAAAAAGUGCGAUUUGACCGAUUUCAUGGUGGUCGCUACCGGUCGAUCAGCCUGGCAUGUCCGAAACAUCGCUCAAGCCCUAAUUUACAAGGUUAAGCAAAAGCAGAAAGGAGCUAAGAGGAUGUUGCUGCCCAGUGUGCAGGGGCAAAGGGGGCAAGAGGGAGGGAAGUGGAUUGUCAUUGACUCUGGCACAGUGAUAGUUCACGCUCUUGAUGAGAAAGCGAGAGAGUACUACAAUUUGGAGAAGCUUUGGACCACUGAGACUUCAGAUAUAGAACACUCUCAGGAGUAUGAGAAAGCUUAUGUGAAGGUGCGUCGCAAGAAUAACUCCAAAAAAAAACCUGCGCAGAGAAGUGCUUAAUAUCCUGAUUUCCCUGUGCAAAACCAUGCUUCUUUAUUCGAGUGAGUGCAGACAUUCUCCAUAAGUAGCUAUCAAGUGAAAAAGCUCCAAGCAUAUUUAUGAAGGAAGAACAGAUUCUGAAGGAAAUGCGGUUGGCCUGAAUUAUCGUCCUUCAGAAUCGCUCAGUGUGAUGGUGUUAAAAACAUGUACAUCUUAUUGUUACGUUUUACCGUUUUGGAAUUGAAAUUAUGGACCAUGUUAGUUUAAAUUUUGAAAUAAUUAUAUUGCGUUUACAAA